GCCGGGUCCUUCCAUUCAGGAUCUAUCUCCUUCGGAAGGUUUGAAAUUGAAAGUCUAUGUUGGGAGAGAAGGUCAUCCUUCUCACACAACAGAUAUCUUGAAGAGGUCGAAAAAUACUCGAAGCCCGGCUCAGUUACAGAGAAAAAAGCCUAUUUCGAGGCCCACUUUAAGAAAAAGGGCACUCUGCCUCUGGCUUCACCGAGUGAAACAAAAUAUCGAACUUGUGAACAUGAUACCUCACAGAGGACUGGUUAUGAUGGUGUGGAAAUGAAUUACAUGGAAUCGGCAUGUGGGACUAUUGCUUGUGAGGCUCAAUUGGAAUCUUCGUGUGAUGAUACUGUGCCAGCAGACGGUAUUUCUGAACAUGGGAGUGUAAAAGAAUCGCAUUGUGCUGAGUUUGAAAGUUCUUCAAAGUCUGAACCGAAAGAGAAUCUCGAUGGUAAAGUUUCCAAAUCUAAUACGAGCCAUGUGUCAAACGUGAUGGUUGGCCCCAUCGGUGAUGAUCAUGCAGCUAAUGGAAAUUGUGAUGCUAAUGUCAAUAUCCGGCAAGGUUCAACUUCCGAGGUUCAAUCACAAGUUGAAUAUAAUAUGCCCAGAUCAUCACGGCCAGGCAGCGUUGUCCACAGCAAAAGUGACAUAUCAAAUAAACCAUCCAAAGUCUCAGAAGAUAAAACUAAUAAAUCCAUGAAAAAUGUCAUGAGAUGGAAAGUAGAAAACAAGACUUCUAAAGCUGAUGUCCAGAUAAAACGACAGAUCCACAGAAAUCCAAGGAUCGAGUGUGGCUCGAAGGUAAAAGGAGACUGUGAUGUUAAAAGGAAAAUACCAAUAAACAGAAGAGUCGAGGAGUCUCUGUCCACGCCAUUGCAGAAGGUUCCAAGUAGGGUGCAUCAAAUAGAAAACAGGAAGAAAUAUGUAGCUGAUACGCCUCAGACGUGCAUACAUGAUGAUUCUAGCUUCAGGUUGAAAUGCAAUGAGCGUGUGGAGAGAAGGAAAGAGUUUGAUACGAAGUUAGAGGAGAAAAUGCAUGCAAAAGAAGCUAAUAUGCACCGACUUCAACCAAAAAGUCAGGAAAAAGCACGAGUGGAAAUGAAACAGCUCAGAAACACUCUCGACUUCAAAGCUAAGCCACUGCCUUCACUUUAUCGUGGCUCGGACAAAAACAAG